AUGGCGGUGCGAGAGCUAUGUUUCAUGCUCACGUGGGCUGGAGAGCCGACCAGCUUACCUAAGAGUCUUUACACAUGUGAAACUCUAGUCUCUCUAUGUCUUUCCGGCAAGAUUCUCAUUGAUGUUCCUUCUUUGGCUUGUCUUCCAUCCCUCAAAGAAAACGAAGGUAUUGUGGGGACUUUGGUUAUAGAUUCACCGAUUUUAAAGAAAAUCUGCAUUACAGAUUAUUCGGGAGACUCUUACUCGUUUGGGAAUAAGCCUCGCCUUGAUAAGGCAAAGAUCAACCUUUUCUAUUACCCUGAUAACAAGUUUAUGAGAUCUCUUUCCUCAAUCAUGUGUCUCGAACUAAUUUUGAGCGUUGCAACGCUUGCGUGGUUGAACGCUAAUAACUUCUCUCGGCUUAUAGAGUGUAAGCUGAUUAUUCUAAACGAGUUAGACUGGUUGGAAUCACUAAUGUCGUUCAAACAACUUGAAAAGGAGUUGCCACUUUCAUGGAACCAACCGAGUUCUGUUCCCGAAUGUUUGUCCAACCAUCUCAAGAUAUUCGAGUGGAAAGGAUAUAGGGGAAGAAAGGAGGAGAAAGAAAUCGUGCGAUACAUCCUUGCCAACUCUAAGUGUUUAAGGAGAAUUGGAGUCUCCUUGAAAUCAACCAACAACCAUAAGACGAUCAAAGAGUUAGAAUCUAUGUCUAGGGUUUCGACAUCAUCCCAUCUUCUAUUCUCCACUCAAUUUGAAUAUAUGAGCGUUGACAAUGAAAUAAGGAGUGACUAA